CUAAAAGCCCGCCAUGGCGUCUCUGGGAUUGGCGGGAGCGCCCGCCGCGGCGGAGUGCACGUACGGAGGGCGCAAUGCGCAGUGGCUCUCGCAGGAGCUCCCCCGUCUUCUCUCAAUGCAGAGAAAUCUUCCUGGCAAUGGUCUUGUUCUUAGCCGUGGAUCAUGGUCUUGGGAUCGUCACGAGGCUUGCCACUAUCAGUUUCGAGGGAUUAUGAGGUUUUCUAACAUGACGAGACGCCACGAGCUGUUCAUUGCCGAGACCCAAGGGAAGCUCCAGCUCCUCUCGGAAGGCUCAGUCGAGUCGAUCAAAACGAAGCUCAAGAUUCUUUCUAGACAUCCAGGAAACAAGCCAGAGCCGAGGAACGAUUGCUACUGGCCUGCUUACAUAACUAGAGCUGGAGAAAGCACGUCGAUAGAGGUGGUGGUCGAUGUCGAAUCGCAUAGUCCUUUGCUCCUCUCGGAUUUGCAGGCUCUUUGCGUCGAGAUGGAGUAUGUUUGUUAUGGUCCUCAUGGACGGACAAAUCAUUCUCAACACGUCGUUCUUCCAACGCACUACCCCGAUUCGCCUUCCAAGGCUUCGGAGGCGUUGAAGAUACAGCCGAUCUGCACACAUCUUCUGUGCCAUCUAGAUGAUCCUCUGGAGGUUCUUAAAAGAUACGCGCUUCCAUACGUCAAGCCGGGCGAUGUCAUCGCCAUAGGAGAGACGCCACUUGCCAUAAUGCAAGGGCGUUACCGUCAUCCUACAAGCUUGCAACCUGGCCUUCUUGCAAAGCUGGUGUGUCGUCUCUUCCAUCCAACAUCGUCCCUCGCUACCGCAUGUGGUAUGCAGGCUUUGAUUGACAUAUCUGGGAAGCUCAGGAUUGUCUUUGCGGUCGUCAUUGCAGUUAUUGCAAGAACAUUCGUAGACUAUUUGGGCAGCGAGGCAUGUUCUACCGACUAGCCGGGGCACAGGCUAGGCUGAUCGAUGAUGUUACCGGAACUCUCCCACCUUACGAUCAAUUCAUAACACUUGGGCCGGUUCACACUAAAGCCACCGUGGAUGCUCUCAAAGCUAAAACAG